AUGGCUGCUAUGGCGACUGUCCCCAGCUACACUCCGUCGCUAUGGGUACGGCUGUGUCAUGCCCUCCCAAGGCUGGACCUCACUAUGCAGACGAGAGACAACAUCUUUACUCCAGACAGCUGGGAGUAUCAACAGACACUCCUGGUUCUCUCCAGUCUCUCGGCUAUCGCGCUCAUCCUCUCUCUCCUCAUCGUUCUUUCGUUCCUCAUCCACUACUGCUGCUGUCACCGUAGCGAUUCAGGCAACAGCUCUGAGGAAGAGGAGGAGGACGACGAUGCGAGCGGUGGCCACGGAUACGGCGGCAGGAAGGGGCGGGGCAUCUGCUGCGUCACGUGGGUCUCUGUGGCCGCCGUGACGCUUUGCUGCGUUGCCAUAGGCGUUGGUUUCUACGGCAACAGCGAGGCAAAUGAUGGGAUGUAUCAGUUGACCUCGUCUCUUCUCACUGCCAAUUACACACUGACUUCAAUUGAUCUGCUGGUGUCAGACACAGUGGCUGGACUUCAGCAGUCAGUGACGGGCUCUCUCACCUCCAUGGAGGAGCUGUUCGGCAGCAGUAAACCCGCUCUGGUCUCCACGCGUUCCUGUCGCCGUCUUUCCGAACGAGUCGCCCUCCUCCUCUCCUCCCUCACCCUGGGGAGAGGCGCGGGCCGGCUCGACGGGGCCGCGGGGGCCGGGAACGGCAGCGAGAGCAUCGUGGGGGUGUUGACUCCCGCUCCCCCAUCAGUCGCUCCAACGCUUGCCCCGCCCUCUCUCACAAACCCCGCCCCUGUGUCGUUCUCCCCCGGCUGGGCGGCCAACACGCUGAUGGUUAACGAGGAUUACAGGUGGCUGUCGUACGUGCUGUUGCUGUUGCUGGAUCUGGUCAUCUGUCUCUUCAUCCUGUUGGGUUUGGCCCGACAGGCCAGAUGGCUCCUCAUUCUGAUGACUGUACUGGCCUGGUUGGCUUUGUUUCUUAGUUGGGGUUCUUUAGGCCUGGAGACAGCUACUGUAGUGGCGCUCAGUGACUUCUGCUCAGACCCAAACACAUUUGUCCUCAACUCCACACACUUUAACUCAGGGACAAAUACAGAAGUCCUGGACUAUUACCUGACAUGCAGUAGGAGAACUAACAGUCCAUUUCAACAGUUGCUUACCCAGUCCCAGAGGGCGCUGUCGAGCAUCCACUCUCACCUGUCUAACCUAGAGAGAGAUGCGCUUCCGCGGUUUCCCAAAGGCGAGAAACCCUUGCGGGAAGUGCAGCAGAUGCUCAACGUCACAGAGGGAAACUUUCACCAGCUGGUGGCGCUGCUCAACUGUCGGGGGCUGAACAAGGAUUACAUUGAUUCUCUGAAGGGUCUGUGCUAUGAUGGGAUGGAGGGAUUGCUUUAUCUCUCCCUGUACUCGUUCCUCUCCGCUCUGGCGUUCACUGCCAUCCUCUGCUCCCUCCCUGGAGCCUGGAGGAGCUUCAGCAGCGAUGCGGAGGACUAUGAGGACUCUGACAGUGAGAGCGAGGACCCCUUCACUUCUCAUCAGGCACGUAGACAGACGGCCACAGCCUCCCAGCGCGGGGCUCCGCCCCCCUUCUAUAGUUACCAGGGGGACAGAUGGACACACCCCUUUUCUAGCGCUCCACCGUUACCGACUCCAAACGUUUCCUCCAAUGGCAACCCUGGUUAUGAGAGCCUGCCCUUGACUGACAGGCAGUCCCCGCCCCCCUCUUACUCUCCCAGCAUGCUGAUUGGCUAUGGGGGCAGUCAAUCACACCCCAACUCCACCCGCUCAAGGAACAUGUAUUCGCACUAA